CAGGUAUUGAGUGGAGCAUGGACAAUGAUGCAUCUAACUCUGCUGUUGUGAUUGCUAGCGAGGCACACACAAUAACUUUGGCUGUUGAAGGCCUUCUAGGUGUUGUGUUUACCAUUUCUGCUUUGACCGAUGAAGCCAUUGAUGUUGGUGAGGUUGAAUCUCCUAAAUCGGAUAAUGAUCUACCUGAUGAAUGUACUGGGAGAACUGCUGUUCUUUGCUUAUCUAUGAUUAAUUCAACAUGGCUGACCAUCCUGAACUCUUUAUCUCUUAUUUUGACAAGGUCACAAGGAGAGGCUGUAGUAUUAGAGAUAUUAAAAGGGUAUCAAGCAUUUACACAGGCAUGUGGAGUCCUUCGAGCUGUAGAGCCAUUGAAUUCUUUUCUAGCUUCUUUAUGCAAGUUUACCAUCAACAUUCCGAAUGAUCUGGAUAAGAAAAGUGGCUUAUUCUCCCCGGGAUCAAAAAGGUCUGAGCACUCAACUGAUCAGCGGGAGAAUAUUGUUUUAACACCUAAGAAUGUUCAGGCAUUGAGGACACUCUUCAAUGUUGCACACCGCUUGCAUAAUGUUUUGGGUCCAUCUUGGGUUUUAGUUUUGGAGACCCUAGCUGCUCUGGAUCGAGCAAUCCAUUCUCCGCAUGCGUCUACGCAGGAAGUUUCUACUGUCUCAAGGCUGACUAGGGACACUUCUGGACAGUAUAGUGACUUCAACAUCCUUUCUUCUUUGAACUCUCAGUUGUUCGAGAGUUCCGCUCUUAUGCAUGUUUCUGCUGUGAAGUCACUACUUUCUGCCCUGUGCCAAUUGUCAAGUCAAACUGUUCCUGGAAGUUUGACUGUCACAGGCCAAGCUACAAAUCAGCAAAUUGGAAGUGUUGCAUUUUCUAUAGAACGAAUGACAUCAAUACUUGUAAACAAUUUGCACCGUGUCGAGCCAAUAUGGGAUCUAGUUGUUGGCCAUCUCCUUGAGCUUGCUGAUGCUUUCAGUCCGCAGCUGAGAAAUCUUGCACUUGAUGCAUUAGAUAAGUCAAUUUGUGCAGUCUUAGGUUCUGAUCAAUUUCAAACAAAUCAGAAUUCUGAGAAGCAGUUGAUUAAUUCUGAUGUGAAACUAAAUGACUUUCAAUUAGGAUCUUUUGAAUGUGCGGUUCUCUCUCCACUGAUGAUCCUUUAUAAAUCUAGUCAAAAUAUUGAUGUCCGAACUGGUUCCCUUAAGAUCUUGUUGCAUGUUUUAGAGAGGCAUGGAGAGAAGCUAUGCUAUAGCUGGGCCUGUAUUCUUGAUUUACUGAGGAAUGUUGCUAGUGAAGCAGACAAGGAUCUUGUCUCACUGGGCUUUCAGAGUAUACGUGUAAUAAUGAAUGAUGGAUUGUCAACCAUUCCUGCACAAUGCUUAGAUGUAUGUAUAGAAGUUACUGGGGCAUAUGGAUCUCAGAAAACCGACAUAAACAUAAGUUUGACUGCCAUUGGGCUCCUCUGGACUGCAACUGACUUCAUUGCGAAAGGUUUAGGUCAAAAGACUGCCAAGGGAUCUUCUAAGGAAACAGAAAUAGGGAGUAAUUUAGGCGAUACUGCUGAAGAUGAACAUUCUUCUCAUACUACUAAUGGGAUUCAGGGAGUGUUGUAUUCUACAUAUUUUGAUAGUAACAAGUUGCUCUUUUCAGUUUUCUCUUUCCUUCAGAAGCUUGGAGCUGAUGAGAGACCAGAGGUACGAAACUCAGCUAUUCGAACUCUUUUUCAAACCCUGGGCAGUCAUGGUCAGAAACUCUCCAAAAGCAUGUGGGAGGAUUGCCUUUGGGGUUAUGUUUUCCCUAUACUUGAUCGUGUUACACAUCUGGCAGCAACGUCAUCCAAGGAUGAAUGGCAAGGGAAAGAGCUUGGUACAAGGGGAGGGAAAGCUGUUCAUAUGCUUAUACAUCAUAGCCGUAAUACAGCCCAAAAACAAUGGGAUGAAACACUCGUAUUAGUAUUAAGUGGCAUAGCUCGAUUAUUACGGUCAUUUUUCCCCUUUCUACAGAGUUUGAAGAGAUUUACUGAAGGAUGGGAGUUCUUGCUUAGUUUUAUUAAGGAUAGCAUUUUGAAUGGUAGUAAAGAGGUUGCUGUUGCUGGAAUAAGUUGCUUACAGACAACUGCAUGUUCCCAUUGUCCAAAGGGAAAUAUGCCUAUAACUUGCUUCAAAUCUGUGCUUGAUGUGUAUGAACUUGUGCUUCAAAGAUCAACAAAUUGGAGUAAUUCUGCAAACAAGGUGAAGCAGGAAACUUUACAAGCGCUAGGUGACCUUUAUGUCCAAGCAAAAAUGAUGUUUGACAGUGAUAUGUAUGCCCGAUUGCUUGCAAUUCUGCGGCAGGCAAUUAGAAAUUCUAGCAGUACUGUUGAUUGUGAAAAUGAUUAUGGGAGUGUUCCACCUUUGCAGCGUUCUGUUCUGGAAAUUCUACCUUUGCUGCGUCCUGCUGAGAAUUUGCAGUCAAUGUGGCCCUUGUUUCUGCGGGAGCUUGUCCAUUAUCUUCUGGGGUGCCAAACCUUAUUUCAUGAAAACAAAAAUGAUGUGGACACUACUGACCACACUAAGCAUGUCCUAGAAGGUGCGGAAAUCAGAUCACAAGAACCUGCUGGAGGUUCUGCUGCUGAGAAUGCAGCAUGCAUUUCAAGUCCUUUGAUUAAGGAGAAGCUUGUACCUGUUAUUGUUGAGCUUUUCCUUGAGGCUCCCACAGUUGAGAAAUACAAUGCGAUUCCUGAAAUAAUUCAAGGUUUAGGAAGGUGCAUGACUACAAGGAGAGACUACCCCAAAGGUGCUCUUUGGAGACUAGCUGUUGAGGGGUUCAACAAACUACUGCUAGAAGAUGUUAAGACAAUCCAUCCAGUCUAUAAAAUGGAUCAAACAACAUAUAGACUUCCCAGAGCACGGUUGUGGAAAGAAGUUGCUGAUGUAUAUGAAACAUUUCUUGUUGGUUCUUGUGGGCGGGCUUUUCCUUCUGACACACCAGCAGCUGAUGUACUCAAAGCUGAUGAGUUUAUCGAGAUCAAUUUUCUGAAUGUUCUCGGUGACAAAGUUCUCAUGGCUCAAAUGGAUGCUCCAACUGAUAUAUUGCAACGGCUUGUCUCAACACUUGAUCGUUGCGCAUCUCGAACAGGCUGUUUACCUAUUGAGAGUGUAGGGCUGAUUCCUCCUAACUGUAGCAAGUUCUCCUUGAGUUGCUUGCGGAUGAUGUUUUCCUUGUGCAGUUAUAGUUCAGAGGACAAUUGGCACUCAAAAAGAUGUGAGGUUAGCAAGGUUUCAAUCCUUGUUCUGAUGAAAAGAUGUGAAUGCAUAUUUAAGCAGUUUCUGACCGACGAAAAUGAUCUAGGUGAGACUCCACUCCCAGCGGUGAGAAUUGAAGAAACAAUUUGCGUCCUGCAAGAGCUUGCUCGGUUAAUCACUCAUCCAGACACAGCUUCUGCUUUGCAGUUGAAACCAUCCUUGAGAGGAGCUCUUGUAGAUAAUGAGAAACCUGGUGGGCGUGCUCAUCUAUUUGUUCUGCUUCCAUCAUUUUGCGAACUAGUUGUUACAAGGGAAACUCGUGUAAGAGAACUUGUGCAGGUGCUGCUUCGACUCAUCAGCACAGAACUGGGACUGCAGAAAAGCUAGCUUUGGCGCAUGAUCGGAAACAGCAUAGAAGAUCGGUAUUUGAUACCCCAAUUAUUGAUUUAUUACUGCUGCUCAAGUUAAAGAACCACUGUGUGACACAGGAUAUUUACAGCUUAAGUGCCUGGUUUUUCAGUGUAGCUAGUUGUGUAUUCGAGUUGUAUAAUUCUUUCCAUAUAGCACAAAUUUUGGGGGGGUUCAUGUUCGCCUCUGUAAAGAGGCACAUCCAAUAUAUCUUUGAAGCCUGAUCAUAUUGUCUCUUUGUAAUAGAAAUUCAUUUUGUGAUUAUUAAUUAUUUUGAUCCUGCAGUCCCUUGUCUAAGUCUUUGAAUUAUGUAUUAAUUUACUGUUUGUUUGAUUAAUAAAAUCUUAUGCUA